AUGUGGCAGGCUCUCCACAACGCCCAGCUGCCCCUUGCGGACGACGGUCUCCUCGUUGCCGCUCUUUAUGCGGAGGAGUUUUUCGACGAGAAGCCGAAUUUGAUGACGCUGAAGGAGGCGUACAGGAGCGCGGAUGCCAAGCUGAAGGAGAAUCUGGAGAUCUCGUUGGCGCUGCACUGGAUGCGGCCGCCUAUGCGCGCUGGGAUAAAUCCGUUUGAUGUGGUCAGGGGCUUCGAGGGCAUGCGUGGCAUGGACUUCUGGACCGAUGUGCGCGACUUCCUCGGAGGCUGGCCGAUGCAGUUUGCCAGUGCGUCGCAGGUGCUGGCUUUUGCGCGACGCAGCGGGCUCCGUUGCGUUGGCAUCCGCCGCUACGGCGGCAACACCGAGUUCUCCCUCGCGCGGCCCGCCGGCGUGGCACG